GCCAUCUCCUUGUGGGGGGGGCGCGCAUUGUGGAGUCGGGAGCCGGCCGUGCCAGUUAGGGUCUCCGGUGGCCGGGACCGCUGUAGCGGCCCCGCGGGCGGGAUGUUCCGGGGUUUGAGCAGUUGGUUUGGCUUGGAGCAGCCGGCGGCGGGUGGCCGGCAAUCUGAGGGAGACGGGCUGGUCGAGGGAGACGCUCCACCCCAGCAGUGCUCCGAAGAGGUGUCAGAGUCGGUGGAGGGGGAGCCGCGGCAAGCGGGGGACCAGGAACUCCUUCAUCAGGCAAAAGGCCUCGGCAACUAUCUGUUUAGCUUUGCAACUGCUGCUACAAAAAAGAUAACUGAAUCAGUUGCUGAAACAGCACAAACAAUAAAGAAAUCAGUAGAAGAAGGAAAGAUAGAUGACAUCAUUGAUAAGACAAUUAUAGGAGAUUUUCAGAAGGAACAGAAAAAAUUUGUUGAGGAACAGCUUACCAAAAAGUCAGAAGCAGCAGUGCCCCCAUGGGUUGAUAGUAAUGAUGAAGAAACAAUUCAACAACAAAUCUUGGCCUUAUCAGCUGACAAGAGGAAUUUCCUUCGUGACCCUCCAGCCGGAGUGCAGUUUAAUUUUGACUUUGACCAGAUGUAUCCCGUCGCCCUGGUCAUGCUUCAAGAGGACGAGCUGCUGAGCAGGAUGAGAUUCGCCCUUGUUCCUAAACUCGUGAAGGAAGACGUGUUUUGGAGGAACUACUUUUACCGCGUCUCCCUGAUUAAGCAGUCAGCCCAGCUCACAGCCCUGGCCGCCCAGCAGCAGGCCUCCGGGAAGGAGGAGAAGAGCCAUGGCACUGAGGAGGACCUGCCACUGGCAGAGGCAGUACGGCCCAAAACGCCACCUGUUGUAAUCAAAUCUCAGCUUAAAACUCAAGAGGAUGAAGAGGAGAUUUCGACCAGCCCAGGGGUUUCUGAGUUUGUCAGUGACGCCUUUGAUGCCUGUAACUUAAAUCAGGAGGAUCUGAGGAAGGAAAUGGAGCAACUGGUUCUUGACAAAAAGGAGGAGGAGACAGCCGUUCUAGAAGAAGAUUCUGCAGAUUGGGAAAAAGAACUACAACAGGAACUUCAGGAAUAUGAAGUGGUGACAGAAUCAGAGAAACGAGAUGAAAACUGGGAUAAGGAAAUAGAGAAAAUGCUGCAGGAGGAAAAUUAGCUCUUUCCUGAAAUAAAAGAAUAAUGCUUAACAGUCUGUAACUGACAUUAAAUUCUAGAUGACGACACUCGCUGAAUCAGAAGGCAAAAAAGAUUGGUAUAACUAAAAAAUUCAAGAUUAUUCUUUUUUUCAAGCUGAAAUUUGCCUUUUUUGCGUUUAUAAAAAAUAUAUAGAACAGUUAUUCUAAUAAUCAAAAAGGGAUGUUUUAUGUAAUAUUUCUUUAAUAUAAACCUAGUUAGAGAUAUUUGUGUAGUCACUAUGGAUAUCUUUGCCACAGAAAUGCAAGUAAAAUUUUAGAGUUCUGUUUUCCAUGAGGUCAGAAUUAUAAUUUAUUCUUCAGUUGUUUUUUCCUAAACAUUUGUACUACUUGUUGCAUUUUCACUGAUACAUGUAUUUGUUGAAGUACUUACUUAAUGGAUUGAUAACUAUCACAAUGACCAAACUGUACCAAAGAACUUAAGAAGAAGCACUUUCAAGACUAUUUUCUUGGUAGGUAUUUUCUAAAAUUCCCUCUAGAAGCCAAAAGAUAAGAUAAUUAUGUUGAUUUUCAUAGUGUAAACAUCACACAAUUUGACAUUGAGAAAUACUGUGCAAAAACAUUUGUUUUUCUCUAGGGCCUUUUCUUUCUUGUGUUGUUGUUUGUUUGUUUCUUUUUUUUUUUUAACUAUACCACGUUUAAUAUCAUUGCUUUCCUAAAUUCCACGUCACAGUUUUUGUAGAAAGCGGGGGCCUUUUGUCCUUUUUAUAUUAAUGA